AUGUCGCCGCGUCUAGGAGGGCUUCAGCUCUGCUCGCCAGUCUGGGAUGCAUUGAUUACGCCCCAUGUCCCUGUGCGGACAUUCGGUAUCAGAUCGCUCAAUCCCCCAAAGCCCAGUCGCUUCAACAUUGGCCCCGGCCUGCCCGUUCUCGAGUCGACGUCGACAGCAGCCCUUCGCCGCAAGGCCUUCUCCCUCCCUCUCCGCACCGGUGCCAUUGCAAUCAAGAAGGGCAUGACCGCCAUCUUCGACCCUGAGACUAGCAAGCGCAUCCCCUGCACUGUUCUGCAGCUCGACCGUGUCGAGGUCCUCUCCCACAAGACCCGCCAGAGACACGGAUACUACGCUGUCCAGGUUGGUGCUGGCUGGAAGCACCCCAACAAUGUCACAAAGUCUCUCCUCGGUCACUUUUCCGUGAAUGGCCUCUCGCCCAAGCGUCACAUUUUCGAGUUCCGUGUCAAGGAUGAGGCCGGUCUCCUCCCUGUUGGUUCAAGCAUUGAGGCUGGCUGGUUCCAGGAAGGCCAGUUCGUUGAUGCCCGCUCCAACACUAAGGGUAAGGGUUUUGCUGGUGUCAUGAAGAGACACGGCUUCGGUGGUCAGGACCGUAGUCACGGUGUGAGUUUGACGCAUCGUUCUAUGGGUUCUUCUGGUCCCGGUCAGGGUGGUGGUUCUCGUGUCUACCCUGGAAAGAAGAUGGCUGGAAACAUGGGCAACCAGCAGAACACCGUUCAGAACUUGAAGAUCCUCAAGGUGGAUGCUGAGAAUGGAAUCGUUGUUGUGAGCGGUGCUGUCAGUGGUCCUAAGGGCUGCGUCGUGAGAAUCCAGGAUGCUAUCAAGAAGCCUUGGCCCGAGGUACCUGCAGCAGAGACUGCGGAACCUGCUGCCGCAACUGCCUAA